AUGGGAGGUGUCGACAGAGCUGACCAAGCCAUGAGCUUCUAUCCAGCAAUGCGGAAACAGCAGAAGAAAUAUUAUAAGAAAAUCUUCAGGCAUCUUCUUAAACAAUGCUUGUGGAAUGCCUACAUUCUGCUAAAAAACCAAAGUGACAAGCCUGUGACGCAUUUGGACUUCAUCUGGAAAAUUUCCGAACAAAUCUUUUUGAACCACCAAACGCCAUCAGUGACAAUGCGUAUCUCAGGUUUCCCUAAUGUUGUGGUAGAGUUUGACUCUUUUGUGCACUUCUACUGUGAAAUGUCAGCAGGCCAAGCCAAGCCAGCGCACUGCAGUAUCUCGUGGUUGUUUGGCGACUGGCAUCGCAAAUUAACUCUGCUAACCUGUUUUCAACUUACAGCUGACCCAGCGGUGAGACUGGAUGGGAGCCCAAUCUGCUGCUACUUUAACUUCAGCCCAAAAAUCAUGUUCACCAAGGUUGUAAAAGCUCAGCUAUGGGUAUAUCUGCGACCUGUGCAGCACACCUCCACCGUCUACCUCCAGAUUCUGCGUCUCAAGCCUGUAAUGGAUGAAGGCAGCAAACACAUCCGAAUUCGAUCUCUGAAAAUUGAUUUGCACUCACGUACAGGCCAUUGGCAAAGCAUUGAUUUCAAGCAUGUACUGCAGAACUGGUUCAAACAGCCACACAACAAUUGGGGCAUUGAGAUCAAUGCCUUUGACCCAAAUGGAAAUGAUCUUGCUGUCACCUCUCUUGGUCCUGGAGCAGAAGGGCUGCACCCAUUUAUGGAGUUGCGUGUGAUGGAGAACAACAAGCGAUCAAGGCGAAACCUGGGCCUUGACUGUGAUGAACACUCCACUGAGUCGCGCUGCUGUCGAUAUCCACUAACUGUGGACUUUGAGGCAUUUGGCUGGGACUGGAUUAUUGCUCCAAAACGAUACAAAGCAAACUACUGUUCUGGCCAGUGCGAGUACAUGUUCAUGCAAAAAUAUCCCCACACUCAUCUUGUUCAGCAAGCAAAUCCACGGGGAUCUGCUGGCCCUUGCUGUACCCCAACCAAAAUGUCACCCAUUAACAUGCUGUAUUUUAAUGACAAGCAACAAAUUAUUUAUGGCAAGAUACCUGGAAUGGUUGUUGACCGCUGUGGGUGUUCCUAAGACUUUGGUUCUUUUUCUUCUACCUACUUAUCUUCAACUUCUUUCUUUCUCUCAAGGGUACAAGCAGACCAAAAUUUGGUAUUGGGUAUAGUGCAGUCCUUGUGCUAUCACUCCCUUUUCAAACCCUAGUUAAGAAGCUAGAGAUUUGACACUUUUAUAUGUCCAAAUUCUGCAUUUAGUUAAGCGCUUGCAAUGACUGCCAUUGUCUUUACACAUGGCCAAUAUGACAACACAUAUUUUUGGGUCCUUAUGUAAUCGCAUAAAAACAAGUUUAGUGGCAGCUCAAAUUAUGAUGUAUCAUAUUGCACUAGAUAUCAGAGACCUGCCAACAGUAAGGCAGUUUGCAGUGAAAGAUAAUCCAUUUUUACUGGAAUCAGCUGCAAAUGUAAAAGGUUUGAAGGGGAUAUAUUCAUUUCUAAGGUUUACUGCAUCAAUAAAAUGCCUGCAAGUUGUUGGUUGCAAACUGGGGCCAAAAAGAUCUGUUUUGCACUUGACAGCUGCUUGUUUUUGUAAGUGACUCCUUAUGUUUUCUCAAGUACAUAGCGUUGAUUGCUUUGUGCUUUAUGUUUUACUGCCUCUUCCAUAACUGCUCUAUACUUCUCUAAUCACUGGAAAUUCCCUCUUGCCUAUGAUGUUUAGCAACUCUUCCUUUAAAGGGAAGACUCCAGACUUUAUACUCUGGGGUCUGUUGCCUGUAUCUACUGCUCUGUGCAAUAGAAAAUGAAAAGCAUAGACUAAAUAAAAGGCCCCUUGAAGUAUCUCUGUUGGCUAAUCAUACAGCUUGUUUGUCCUUUCCAUUGAAUCUCAGUCAUAUGCCUUACAUAGCAUAUGAAAAGCAUGUUUGCUGAUGGCAUAGGCCAGUGUCCACCAUUAGUUAGAGUAAGCUUAAGACUUGAAAAUGAUAUUACUGUUGGUACUCUGUCAAACAAAACAGUUUAGUGCUUGACCUGGAUUUUCUUCCUCUAGCAGUGCAGUGAGUAUGAAACCACAAGGUAUUCUGGAUUAUCUUGGUGUUAAUGCUUCUCAGGGAUUGGCCUAACAUCAGAUUUGAGUGUUGUUCCUUGUUAUUUAUCUUUCCCUUUUUUAAAAGUUUUUUUUUUAGACAAAAAUGUUGCGUAGGACAAAACACAUUUCUGAAAUCCAGGGACUGCCAGUAAAGAUUUCAAGUAGACAUCAUGGAUAAGCCAUCAUGUUUUAAUUUAAUUGCACUCUGACCAUUUUUAUCAGUAUUAUUCAAACUAUCCACAUUAUUAAAGUCAUAGCUGCUGUUAAAACUGACAGUGACAAUUAGUUGCUGCUGGAAAUUUUCAUUGUAUUCCACUAAAUCCAUUCCAU